AGAGAGAGAGAGAGAAACUGUCACAUCCGAGUGAGACGAAGAAUCUGGACUUUGCUGUGCUCAGGUGUGCAUCUCAAAGUUUCCAUUAGAAACCGGAAACAGAAGAAGGAGAAGUGCAGCUAUGAGUAGUCCUAGUGCCAAGCCAACAUGUCUGUCGCAGCCUGUGGUGAAGAGUGUGAUGGUGUAUCGCAAUGGAGACCCAUUCUUCCCAGGGCGCCGAGUGGUCAUCCACGAGAAGAAAGUGUCUAGUUUUGAUGUCUUCCUGAAAGAGGUGACCGGUGGGGUGAACGCUCCCUUUGGGGCUGUGCGGAAUAUCUAUACUCCUCGUGGUGGGCACCGUGUCCGGCAACUGGACGAGAUUCAAAGUGGGGAACACUAUGUUGCUGGUGGCCGAGAAGCCUUCAAAAAACUGAACUACUUGGACAUAGGAGAACCGAAGAAAAGGCCUAUAGAAACGAAUAAUGAGGUAAAGCCAGUUACCCACAGCAGAAUCAAUGUGUCGGCACGCUUUCGAAAGCCCCUUCAGGAGCCAUGUACUGUUUUCCUGAUUGCGAAUGGUGAUCUCAUAAGCCCGGCAGUGCGUCUUUUUAUCCCAAGGAAAACGCUGAAUCAGUGGGAACAUGUUCUUGAAAUGGUUACUGAGAAAAUUACUCUCAGAAAUGGAGCUGUGCACAGGCUCUACACUUUAGAAGGAAAACCUGUGGAGAGUGGAUUGGAUUUGGAAAACGGACAGUUUUAUGUAGCAGUUGGCAGAGACAAAUUUAAGAAGUUACCCUAUAGUGAAGUACUGUUUACCAAAUCUACAGUUAGGAGAUCUUAUGGGUCAAAAUCAUCUGGGAAGUCUAAGGGGAGUUCCAAAUCUACUGAUACGGGUGACACAGUAUCUUCUCCUCCACCUUCAAAGAGGAAAGAAAAGCAUAGACAGAAUCAAGAGUCUAAAAAAACUGAAAAAUCAAAAGAUGUACAAGUAGUAACCAAAACUUAUAUUCUUCCAGAUAAUGAUGAAGGUGUUUACAAGGCUGGGAAAAAACCAUCUGAAAUACGGGGGGCCGUGGAAGUCCAGGAAGACGAAGACACUCAAACUGAGAUCCCAAUUGAUCAGCGGCCAGCAGAAACUGUGGAUGAGGAAGAAAAUGUCACUCGGCACAAUGGAGAAUACACAGCAAUGAAUGGGGAGACUGAGCCAGGUGAAGAAACUGAGGAGACCAUCAACGAAGUGGAUGAAAACAAAGAGAAAAUGGACGACCAUUCCGAAAAUGAGCAGCCGGAGCUUGAUGCAGCAGGGGAGGGCGAGACGAGCCAUGCGCAGGGUGGAACAAAUGAAGAAAAUGGUGAGGAAAUGGAUCUUAAUGGUCACGAAGAAGAAGCAAAAGAAAGCGCUCAUGAUCUGACGCAGGGUGAUGCCCAGAAAACUUCCGCUCCAAGAGUAACCGUCACCAGUCCUCAGGAAAGUGAAAAAAACGAACAAACUAAUGCCUAUGCAGCAGUAGCAUAGAUAUAUUUUAAAGGACCUAGGUUAAUAGAUAAUGAAGGAUUUUAUAUUUGAAUUGCAGAGCAUCUUUUUCUGUACUCGAUUAAUUUA